AUGUCGUUAAGCAGGAGUUUCGAGCAUGAUAUACAGAACGAAGUUUCUUCUGCUCAGUGUGCCAAUGUUGUCGACUGGGAUGGGCCCGACGAUGAGGCCAAUCCAUUGAACUGGAAAAGAAGUCUGAAGAUAACAACUGUUGCGAUCGUUUCAGUCUUCAAUUUUCUCACUCCUCUAGGAUCAGCCAUGUUCGCGCCGGGCGUUCAAGAGGUCAUGGAUGAAUUCCAAUCGACGAGCCAGCCGAUGUCGUCCUUCGUGGUCUCCGUGUAUCUUCUCGGAUUCGCCUUCGGACCUCUGAUAGUCGCGCCGCUCUCGGAGAUUUAUGGUCGUUUGCCGCUAUAUCACGGAUGCAACACGUUAUUUAUUCUUUCGAAUGUAGCCUGUGCUCUGGCCCCUAGCUUGCCUUCGCUGGUGGGAUUUCGGUUCCUGGCUGGAUCUGCUGGAUGCGCGCCCUUAGCUCUAGGGGCUGGGACCCUAGCAGAUGUUAUUACUCCCGAGCGCCGCGGGCUGGCGAUAUCUAUUUGGGCAGUUGGUCCUGUGAUUGGUCCCGUGGUUGGUCCAGUCUGUGGCGGGUUUUUGACCCAAAAUGUCUCCUGGCGUUGGGUAUUCUGGGUGAUCGCAAUUGCGGGAGGCGUCUCCACUGGCGUGUCCUUUAUACUCCUUCGUGAAACUUAUGCUCCAAUCAUUCUUGCGCGCAAAACAAGGCGCCUGGCGCGGGACACAGGGAAUACCGACCUCCAAUCUGCUCUUCACAGAGACUUAAGCCCAAUCCAGCUUUUCGCGACUACUAUCAUUCGCCCACUCAAGAUGCUCCUCUUUUCUCCGAUUGUCUCGCUGCUCUCUUGGUACGUGGCAGUGGUUUACGGGUUUCUUUAUUUGCUGUUUACAACUAUGUCGAAAAUAUACAGAGAGCAGUAUCAUUUUUCGGCGAGCAUUGUAGGGCUCACUUAUAUUGGACUCGGACUUGGAUCCGCCAUCGGCCUACUAGCAAUGGGAAUGUUCUCAGAUAAACUCUCGAACCGUUUGGCCACAGCAUCGAAAAGCCAACUGAAACCAGAGUUUCGAUUAUCGCUCAUGAUUCCGCUUGCUCUCUGCAUGCCCAUCGGUUUGGUUUGGUACGGCUGGACGGCUGACAAGAAGGCACAUUGGAUACUCCCUAUCAUCGGAACCUGCUGGGUUGGUGUGGGUGUGGUAGUUUCAUUUACUGGGGUUCAAGCGUAUCUUGUAGACGCAUUUACGACUCAAGCCGCGUCGGCAGCUGCUGCUAAUACAGUUCUUCGCUCACUUAUGGGCGCGGUUUUGCCGCUGGCCGGGCCAUCCAUGUACAACACGUUGGGGGUAGGAUGGGGAAACACUUUAUUAGCAUUCGUUGGCUUGGUCAUGCUUCCACUUCCCCUUAUUUUCUUCAAAUAUGGUGAAAAGCUGCGGAUGAAGUAUCCGUGUGCGUCUUAA